AUCCAGCAAUAGAGAAUUGAGUUCAAUUGUCACUGUUUUGUCCUGUCAAGAUGCCCCUAGAUAGCUAUCAAAGCCGAAUCCAAGAGAUUACGAGGAAGCUGCAGACGGAGCAGCGCGUCAAGGAUGCCACUACUGUGAUGCGAACACGGCAUACCAACCCUGCCGCCAUUGCUCAAUGCGAGAUCACUCUGCAGGAGUCCCAGAAGCGUAUCGACUACCUGACCAAGGAGAUUGAAAAGCUGCAGAUUAGGCAAUCCCACCAGCAACAACAGCAGCGCAUCCAACAGCAUCAGCAGCAGCAACAACAACAACAGCAGCAGCAUCAACAUCAGCAUCAGCACCAGCAGCAAAGGCUUCAGAGCCAAAGCCUCGAUUAUUCUUCGAUCUCGGAUUCGAGCAUGGAUCCCAUUUUAGCGGGCGAGGAUGAGUAUAAAGAUCGUGAUUUGGUCUCAAACGCGGCUCAAUAUCUCGCGGGUGACUUUGGCCCUGUCCCAAUUAUCAGCCCGCAGUACCAAGGCGUGACGGGAUCAACUGUCUCGUUGGGCUCAGGCACGACCAUGGACUCUCCUCAGGUGGACGCAGCUGUACUGGAGCUGCCCAAAAAACCCGCCUAUACCAACCUAGAUCUCUUGAAGUCAAGUACGCCUAUCACCACUGCCAAGAUUUCGAACAAAUUGCGCGAACUCGCCUUCAAACUUGAUGUCGAGAAGAAGCUGAAGGCGGGUUCAGAACGCCUGGCUGUUCUUUACAAGAACGAUCCCUCCAUGGGAGACAAGAAGAACAGGGCUGGCGUCAACGGCGAACUAUUGGAAAGUAACGAGAAGAUUGUCUUACUCAAACGCGCUCUCCAAAAGUACCAGCAACUUUUUGUACCUGGCAUGGAGGAUGAUGAUGACAGCGAGCCUGAGGUCAACAACAGGAUUGGUGCGGGUCUGCGCAAGCCCAACACUGGAACUUUGGACAUCCGUGUCAUCGCAGUGAAGCAGCAAAACAAUGCCCCUACACGAACAUUGAAAUCGCCGGAAACACUGUGCAUGAUUAAGGUAGAUGGAGUGCCUCGCGUAAAAACCCGACCUGCUCGCUCUGGCACCCAGGGCGCUCGAUGGAACGAGGAUUUUGAGAUCCCAGUGGAGAAGGCGAGUGAGGUCGAAUUGACGCUUUACGACAGACCAGACAACCAUUUGAUUCCCAUCGGUUGUCUUUGGGUCAAGAUCUCAGACAUCACGGAUGAAUUGCGUCGUAAAAAGGUUGAGAUGGAGAGUGGUCCUGGAUGGGCGCCGGCAGGUGUUGCUGGACAGGUCUCUGUAGGCGAAAGCGGACAGCUGGAUGGAUCUGCUGCAGCUGGCCCAGGUUAUGGCGGCGCGUUCAACAACACCAACUCGAACGUUACUGUCGACGGAAUUGAAAGUUGGUUUGAUCUGGAGCCCGUUGGCCAGAUCUGUCUCAAGCUCAACUUUGUCAAGGACACAGUCGGUGUUAAGCGAUACCCUUCGCGUCUCGGUCGUGCCGGAGCCGUACGCAAGAGAAAGGGCGAGAUUAAGGAGGUCAAUGGACACAAGUUUGCUGUUCAACAGUUCUACCAGAUCAUGCGAUGUGCUCUGUGCUCCGAUCUCUUCUCUGGCGCGGGGGCUCAGUGCGAAGACUGCAAGUAUACAUGCCACCGCAAGUGCUUCGAGAAAGUUGUCACAAAGUGCAUCUCGAAAUCCAAGGCUGAGGAAGAUCCGGAUGAAGAGAAGUUAAACCACAGGAUCCCACAUCGCUUCGAGGCAUUCACCAAUCUCUCUGCGUCGUGGUGCUGUCACUGCGGAUAUAUUCUUCCCCUGGGCAAGAAGGGAGCCAAGCGAUGCACAGAGUGCGGCAUCACUAGUCACGCAACCUGCUCGCACUUGGUUCCUGACUUCUGUGGAAUGGAUAUGGAAAAGGCCAACAUGAUCUUGAUGGAGAUUAAGCGCGCAAAGCGACACACGACAGACAGUCGCGUGAACUCUGUCUCGACUUUGGGCUCCAGAUACUCUGUGCGACCCGGGCAAAUUGAAUCAGGCUAUUCAUCCCCAGUCGACAGUCGUUUCCCGCCUGGCUCCCAGAGAAUGGAGCCUGGUUCGCCCGAUUCUCGUGGAUCGUACAGACAGCCAGGUUCACCUCAAUCGCAAACUGCAUCCGUGCUUCAAAACCUUCCUCAGCCAUCGUCACCCCGCCAGCCUCCACCAAAGUUGCAGAUGCCUUCUCAUUCCGGCUCUUCUGCUGGAGGCUCUUUCCUGGACCAGGGUGCUGGCUAUGGUUCGUCUGGUUCUCUCGAUCUUUCCUCGCUUUCGUUGAAGCACGAGUAUGGGCUGGAAGAGCCUGGCCAACUACAAUACGAGAUUGAGCAGCAGAUGGUUAUGCAGCAGCAACAGCAACAGCAGCAACAGCAGCAACAGCAGAUGUAUGAGAUGCAACAACAGCAGCAGCAGGAACAGCAGCAGGAACAGCAGCAGCGUCUUCAGCAGGAGCAUCAGCAGCGUCUGCAGCAGCAGGAGCUGGCGCAUCAGCAACGUCUCCAACAGGAGCACCAAAUGCAGGUCCAGCAACAGCAGCAGCAACAGCACCAGUACCCGCAGUAUCAGCAACAGCAGCAACAAUAUCAGCCAUCCUCAUACGGACAGCAACAGCGACCCAUGCAGCAACAACAACCACCUCAGCAAGCACAGCAGGCAACCAACCAGAUUGUAAAAACAUCGCCAUCAGGCGGAUUGCAGCCUCGGAAGGUCGGACUGGACGAUUUUAAUUUCUUGGCUGUUUUGGGCAAAGGAAACUUUGGAAAGGUCAUGUUGGCAGAGGACAAACUUACAAAGGGGCUGUAUGCCAUCAAGGUUCUGAAGAAGGAAUUCAUCAUUGAACACGACGAAGUGGCAAGCACACGGUCUGAGAAGCGUGUGUUCCAAACGGCCAACAAGGAGCGCCAUCCCUUCCUAGUGGGCCUGCAUUCUUGCUUCCAAACCGAAACGCGUAUCUACUUUGUCAUGGACUAUGUUUCCGGAGGAGAUUUGAUGCUGCACAUUCAGCGCGAGCAGUUCUCGGAGAGACAAGCCAAAUUUUAUGCCUGCCAGGUUCUCCUCGCCUUGGAGUACUUUCACAAGAAUAAUAUUAUUUAUCGUGAUUUAAAACUGGACAACAUUCUAUUGGCCCUGGAUGGUCAUAUCAAGAUUGCGGACUAUGGUCUUUGCAAAGAGGAUAUGUACUACGGCUCGACUACAAACACCUUCUGCGGUACUCCCGAAUUCAUGGCACCAGAGAUUUUGAGCGAGCAAAAGUAUGGUCGCGCUGUUGACUGGUGGGCAUUUGGAGUGCUGAUCUAUGAGAUGCUGUUGGGUCAAUCUCCGUUCCGUGGCGAUGAUGAGGAUGAGAUCUUUGAGGCCAUUCUGGAGGAUGAAAUCCUGUAUCCCAUCAACAUGUCGCGAGACUCUGUCUCCAUUCUGCAAAAGCUCCUGACACGCGACCCAGAAAAGCGACUUGGAAGUGGCAAAUCUGAUGCGGAGGAGAUUAAGCGCCAUCCAUUCUUCAAAGGCGUGAACUGGCAGGAUAUUUUGGAGAAGAAGGUCCCACCGCCUUUCUUCCCCAAGGUGCGCGGACCCACGGACACGUCUAACUUUGACACGGAGUUCACACGCGAGAUUCCAGUGCUAACACCUGUGCACAGCCACCUCACUGCAACGGAUCAGGCAAACUUCCAAGGCUUCUCUUAUGUAGCCGAGUGGGUUUAACGGUCGAGGGGUUCAAGAAUCGUCGAGUAGAGCAAAUACAAGAGAACAUCAGAGCGACGGUCGUAGUUUUUGGAGCCAGCCAACAUUAUCUGAAUAAAAUGUAAAAUAAUAAUAAACAAUCUAGA